CGUAGCGGUGUUUGUGCCAGUCCGAAAACUUAUUUCGUUCUCUGUCUCCUUCUAUCUUCGCCGAAAAGCGCACGGGAUGUCGCAAGUAACUCCAAGUGGACCCAUGCAUUGGUCUCUUUACGAAUGGGACCCGCUCCAGUUCAUGUUCGAUCAGCCAAAACCUUACUGCCUGCUCCGCCUAAAGAGGGACUUCGCGAAGUUCGCGGCCAAGCCACCCACGGGCCUGUACAUCUCGCCCGAAGAAGAGGACAUCACCCGGGUUCACGCACUCAUCGUGGGUCCGCCAGGCACGCCGUACGAGGGAGGCUUCUUCCAGUUUCUCCUGAAGUUCCCGUCCAACUACCCGACAAUGCCACCACGCGUUCGAAUGGUGACCACGGACGCUGGUCGAGUGAACUUCAACCCCAAUCUGUACGCCGACGGCAAGGUGUGCCUCAACAUCCUCGGCACGGCCAAGGAGCCGGAGUGGAGCCCGGCUCAGGACGUUGAGAGUGUGCUCGUCUCGAUCCAGUCACUAUUGAACGACGAGCCGUUCGAAAACGAGCCCGCGCUGGAGUCAGCCCGGUCGUCUUUUGCCGAGCUCUACAACGACUUAGUCCGGCAAGAGACCAUUAGGGUCGCUGUGUGCGGUCAGGUCGAAGCUGCCCUCAAGGACAGCGCCGGGUGUCCUCCGGUCUUCAGGGAGUUAAUUCUGAAGACGUUUGUCGACGCGUACGACAAGUACGAAGACACAGUCAAGACACGCCUUGAACGCAUAGGUCCGACACCGCAAUACCCUUUUCGAGAGAACCGCAAGUACCAGUACAAGCAGCUGCUGCCACGACUGCGAGGACUGCUGGACGAGGCGAGACAGAGGGUCAACGCCACUUCCACCAGAACUACCGCAGAAGCCACUUCUACUGAAUAACCGUGGCAACGAAGCAUGCAGUGCAAAUUUUAGCAUGACACGGUAUACAUUUAAGAGUUCGAGCUCAUGGAAUCAAUUCGAAUAUUUGUACAGGAUAAAAUUUGAUCAAAGUCACUGAAGGACGGCAAAACAGACGGGGCAAGUUUGCAUGCUUGGUCCAAUAAAGCAAGAACGGUGGCAUUUAUA